AUGUCAGGUAAAGAGGAUAAAACAACAGCAGAAAUUGCUGAAACAAAAACUAUAAUAGAAAACCCAUAUACAGAAGAGAAGAUCAAUAUUACCAAUGACACAAAUCUUGAAGCACAACCCGAACCUGCAACAUGUUUAAGAAUACAACCACGUUCCAAAUUCUUAUUAAUCUACACUAUAGUACAAACCAGUAUUGGUCCAAUUAUGUCGUUUAGAACUGUUCCUAUUGGAGAAAAGCGUUAUUUUGAAGCUCUUUUAUUAACUAUAUUUGUCCUUUUCAUCCCCUUUGUUCCAUUUAGUUGGGUUUAUCUCAAUGGGAUUAACCUAACUGUGCGUCCUAUUUGUUACUAUUUGGGAGCUGCUGCACUCUUUGGAGGGAUACGGGGAAACUUUCUGGGACAAAUAUACUCAUAUCUUAAAGAAAAGGAUGAUUUCCUGUGGGUAAACAUUACUAUCUGUGUCAUGAUCACCAUCAUACUGUAUGGAUUAGUUUUCAAGUUUAGUAGAAGAUGUAAUUAG